UUAGCCAGGAUGUGGAGUGGACGGAACGAUUCACUUUUUCUUUCCGAAAAGAACGAAGUUGUCGCUGCCUUCUAGAUAGCAAUUUUGUUCUCGGGAAUGCACAGGUGGAGAGGGAUUAUCCAAUUGUUUAUUGUUCGGAUGGCUUCUGUGAGCUAACGGGGUUUGCAAGGGCAGAAGUCAUGCAAAAGAGUUGUGCUUGCAAAUUUCUCUACGGGCCUGAUACAACGAUAGAGAAAAUAACGUUGAUAGAAAAUUCUCUGGAAAACAGAGAAGAACUCAAAACCGAAGCACUCUUCAGGAAGAAAGACUUAACCCCAUUCUGGUGCCUUCUAGACAUAGUGCCGAUCAAAAAUGAGAAAGGAGAAGUGGUACUCUAUCUUGCGUCCCACAAGGACAUCACCAAAACAAAGAUGGCCUCCAUGGACGAAGAUAAAGAAGACUACGACGAAGAAGAAGAUUCUGAGAAUAACUACCUCAAUGACCUUCCGUCAAACUAUAACUACAAUCGAAGGAGAAGCCGCGCGGUGCUCUAUCACCUCUCAGGCCAUCUUAAAGAACAAGAGAAAAAGAAAAAGAGAAGAAAGCUUAAACUCAACAGUGGCCUGCUAUCCCCUAAAUCGACAGUACUACCGGAGUAUAAAGUGGCCGCCAUGAAGAAAUCGCGAGCCAUCGUACUCCAUUAUAGCAUAAUGAAAUCCGUAUGGGACUGGUGUGUGUUACUAGCUACGCUCUAUAUUGCCAUUGUCGUGCCAUUUAAUGCAGCCGUGCAUCAAGAGAAUGAAUUAGUUAUUACCAUUCUCGAUAUCAUCAUCGAGAUCAUUUUCAUCAUAGAUGUUGCGAUCAACUUCCGAACAACUUAUGUAAGUAAAUCGGGUAAAGUGGUGUACGAAGCGAGAGCUAUAGGGCUCAACUAUCUACGUAGUUGGUUCUUCAUAGACUUAUUAGCUGCCGUUCCGUUUGAUAUACUCACUCAGAUAUUCAAAUUAAAGUUGGAUACAAUUCAACUCAUCAAGUUAGCUAGAUUACUUCGUCUUCUUCGAUUGCUCAACAAGAUUGAGCGAUACUCUCAGUACAGUGCUAUCGUUCUAACUUUCUUCAUGCUCGCGUUUGCCCUGCUUGCCCAUUGGCUUGCAUGUAUCUGGUUUGUCAUUGGUCGAAUGGAGCUUAAUAAAAACGACGAUGGAUGGGACUUAGGAUGGAUCGUAGACUUGGGAGACCAACUUAAGAUGCCUGUUUUAGGGGUGAACAGUACUGGUCCGAGGAACGAUAGUAUAUACAUCACAGCAUUAUACUACACGUUGAGUAGUCUUACCAGUGUAGGCUUUGGCAACGUAUCUGCCAACACCAACACAGAGAAGAUUUUCACUAUUCUCGUUAUGUUUCUCGGAGCUCUGUGCCACGCUGCGGUUUUCGGAAACGUCACAGCGAUCAUCCAGCGCAUGUACUCUCGACGCGCUCUCUACUAUACCAAACUAAGAGACCUGAAAGAUUUCGUACGCUCCCACCACAUUCCGCCAGCCUUAAAGACCCGGAUGCAGGAAUAUUUUAUGACCUCGUGGUCAAUAAACAUGGGUAUCGAUACAACAGAGAUGCUGCAGACAUUCCCUGAGGAGCUACGAGCCGAUAUUGCUAUGCACCUUCAUAAAGAAUUCCUAGCUCUUCCUAUAUUUGCUGAUGCCAGCCAAGGAUGCCUACGAUCACUCUCGUUGCGGAUCAAGACAAGUUUCUGUGCACCUGGUGAAUAUAUUGUCCACCAAGGAGACGCCCUCAACGUCAUAUACUUCUUGUUAAACGGGUCAAUGGAAAUUCUCCGUCACGGGAUGGUCGUUGCCAUUUUAGGUAAGGGUGAUCUGUUCGGAUGUGACCUUUACGUCACUGAUACAGUCAUCCAAUCAAGUGGCGACAUCCAUGCCCUGACUUACUGUGACCUUCAGUCUGUAACCAGGCAAGAACUCUUAGAAGUAUUGGCUAGUUAUCCAGAAUACCAAUCAAAAUUCCAGCAAGAAAUAUCUCGCGAUUUGACGUUUAAUCUUCGGGAAGGUUAUGAUUCGGAGCAAUAUUGGAGCUCCACACAAAACCCUCCUGAUCCAGAUUACCCUGCGGAUAAAGCUCAGAAAAUGAAGAAGUUCCUUCGAAGAUGGAGAAAGCGAGCCAGAGCAGAAGAAAAAUAUUCGUACUGCGAAACGAACAACAGCGGGCGCAACACGAGAUUAACGUCGAUCUCUGAAGUCCGUGACGAAGACGAAGUCGGAACAUCGAAACAGACCCGAGAUUCAUCGACUGAUACGGGAGAAGAUGGCAUGGAGAACAGGCAUAUGUUACUCGAUGUUAGCAACUCCAUAGCCACAUCUGUGCCACCGGAUCUUAGUCCAAGGGUCGUUGACGGUGUAGAAGACGAAGGAAGUCCAUUUAAACGACAUACCUUUGACUUCCCAGCAGCUCGAAGUAAUGUCCAUUCGGCAGCAUCAAGGCAUCGCAGUCUAACCUUAACUCCUCGUCAGCCAUUAGUUGGUGAAAGCCGUAUGAGAACCAGCUAUACAGCCCCACAGUUAUCCCAAGAUCAUACGAGAUCAAAUUCAUCCGAUUCCCUUUAUCAAGAAGAUCUUAGGCAUGAACUUGAGUACACCAGAAACAGUGUGGAACGUCUUGACAAACAGGUAUCCAACCUGAGCAGAGAUGUUUCCAACCUGAGCCAAGACUUGAGGGCGGUUGUCAAGCUGCUUCAGGUCAUAAGCCCAAUGGCAUCAUCAUCACAAAAUCAGGCUUCAAAUGUAGCAGCAGCAGUAGCUUCGUCGGGUCUGAACGGUCCAGCCACACCAGGUCUUCCCGCCCCUCCUGCGCCAUGUGUAAUGACAGUCAAAAUCGGCCAGGGUGGCGAAGAGGACAUCAUCCAUGUUCAAAGACAAGAUGGUGUGUUAGAAACCAGUCUUGGUGGAGGAAUCCCAGAGCUCCCACCAGGAACCAUGGGACCAACGGUAGCAGCCUUGACGUCCGCAGUGAUGGCAUCUGCCACUAGCAACAGUGCUUGUUCGACACUCGAACGUCCUAGAAAAAGAACGAAUAGCAGUGAUACCGCGAAAGACGAAGAAGGUGCUUCUGGGACCAGCGUAAAAGAAACAAAUCUUGUCCUAUUUCAGGAACCUGACGAAAAUUUGACUGAAUCAGAGAGUCUGGAGAGAUUAGACUAUGACUCGGAAAAUGGAACAGAUUUAUGAACUUAUUCCUUAUCGACAAUACAGUACCUAGGGAGAAUACUUUCAUCAAAUCAUUCCUUGCUCACUCAUGACUCUUCAAUUUUAUGUUCCACAAAUCUUCAUUUAUGUACCUCGACUUUAAUCUACGCAAAAGGGACAGUGUCAUUUCAUACAUUUUGAUGUGUUUUGCUCUGCGAGCAAUCGUAUGAAAUAUAAAAUUCUAUAAGACUUGUUGAUUUUUCAAGAGGUUUUGCACAUUUUUACAUUGUUUUCUAUACCGAGUAGAUAGAUAUUUUGUAAUGAAAUCAUAUUGAGACAUUUAUGAUGUUAUUGCAUCAUUUUACUUAUUGCGUUUAAAUGUUCGAGGCUGAAGCUUCAAUAGUUAUAACAGCAUUACUCGUUAUAUCGCACAACAUCGUAUUUCGUGCACUAACAUUUGUUAUGUGGCGUUUCAAAUCGUUUAAUAUGGUUACUUUAUUCAAUGUGAUAUAAGAAUUUACCGACCUUGUGCAUUCUCUCCAAAAAAAGCAUCAUUCAUUAUCUUCAUUUUUGUCUUACCUCCAUAGCAGAGUGAGACUAUAGGCGCCGCU